GCGCACGAUAUUGUACGAUACGUCUCGCCCUCGGUACAGUCUUCCGACUCAAAAUGAUUACAAACAAUUUCGUCAGUUCAUGACUUCACGUAUUUCUGGAGAAAAAUAGCGAUAUUGCGAUCAUAUUUCAAGUCUGUAAAAACUGUAAUCAACGCACUUGCGUGAGAACCGGUGAUAUAUUAUAAUAUGGCUAGUACAUCCGAAUCUGAAGGACAGAAAGAGGGAGACGACCCGGAAGAUGCGAACAAGUCUAAUCCCAGUCAAGAUGGCACAUUCGAGUGUAACAUAUGUCUAGAUACAGCACACGAUGCUGUAGUUAGCAUGUGCGGGCACUUAUUUUGUUGGCCAUGUCUACAUCAGUGGUUGGAAACGAGACCAAAUCGGCAAACAUGCCCAGUUUGCAAAGCAGGAAUUAGCAAAGAGAAGGUUGUACCCCUCUAUGGAAGAGGAAAUGCGAAGCAAGAGGACCCUAGGACCAAAGUCCCACCACGGCCACAAGGUCAGAGAACUGAGCCUGAAAAUAAUGGGCCAUUUCAGAGUUUCAACUGGGGAGGAGAUGGAGGAUUUCAAAUGUCAUUUGGAAUUGGUGCCUUUCCCUUUGGCUUAUUUGCAUCAACAGUGAAUCUAGGAGGCCCACGGCUACCUGGUGCACAACCAGGGACACCCCAGUUCGAAGAGGAGCAGUUUCUGUCGAAGCUGUUUCUCUGGGUAGCUAUUCUAUUUAUCUUCUGGUUGCUGGUUGCGUGACAGAUGCCCAGUGAGACCCUCCAGUUCUUGCUGUGAAAUCAAAAACAGACCUAUCCGCGUUUCCCGACUCAGCAGUCAUGUUUGAACGGGUGCCACAUAAACCAAACUAUAUGAAGUUGUUCUGCGCAGUGGAUGUUCCAAAUUGUGUGUCACUACUUACAUGAAGUCAAGGACCUCAAGUCAUCGCUGCAGACGGACAUGAUCACCACAAUGCACGUAUGCCAUGCUGAAGACUGAGCGAGGGCUGAUUUACAGAUUUUCUUUAAAAGCUGCUAGCUGUGAGAUUUAUGUUUGGGUUACUUGUGUGGUUUGUCUGUAAUGGCAGUUAGUGUUACAGUAAAAAUAUAGUACACAGGUAGGAAUAGCAUGGUUUUGCUAGUGUACACAAUGCAGCCUUAUAUAACUUUAGUACUGACUACUAAAUUAUAGUGUAGCAGUGUUCUACUAUAGGAGGUGCCGAAUUUAUGCAUUUUGCAUCACCCAGAAUAUAUCUAAGCAGUCACUCCAAUCUAGCAUAUAUGUGUCCAGCAUUACCCUAUGGGUUAAAUGUAUUUUAUUCAUUUUUUAAACCAGAAUAUGGACAUUAAAGGUGCAGGUAAUCAAUUGUGGAGAUGAACUGUAAGGUAUUUGUACACGGUGCAUAGACUAAUACAUGCAUGUCAUGACUCACAAAAUGCAUGUUUAUUAUAAUAUUAUAAUGACAUGACCGUGUAUCGUCUAUCAGUUGAAAUUUUCAACUACAACUGAACAAAACUCAUGCUGCUGUAUUUCUGAGACCAUGUCUUCUAAGAUGUGGUAGUCGUUGUGCAGUAGCCUGCCAGUUUCAUUUCUGCACAAGAAUAAUUAAUACGUUGAUACAGUAAAAUAAUAUCAAGAGCUUAUAAUACCUAUAUAUAUAUAAUAAUAGCCUGAUAAUAUUGGGAUGUGAAACAGAACAUUGAGGGCAAGAUUUCUGUAGCUGUAAAAAAUUCGAGAUAUAUGAAAUAUUAUCAAGAUGUUUACUAAAAAUGGUAUGUAAAUUGCUCUUGGUAUUUUAAAAUAUGUAAUAUAUUAUAUAUUGAAGGCAUGUUGAAUGAAUGUAAUUGUUAAUAAUAAAGUUCUAGUGCUAAGAAGACAUUGAGUUAUUGUACACGAA